UCCCUCUCCCUCUCCCCUGCAGCGUCACCACCCCUUACAACGCCGACUUCGACGGGGACGAGAUGAACCUGCACCUGCCCCAGAGCCUGGAGACCAGGGCAGAGAUCCAGGAGCUGGCCAUGGUGCCCAGGAUGAUUGUCACCCCCCAGUCCAACAGGCCUGUGAUGGGCAUCGUGCAGGACACCCUCACGGCCGUGCGCAAGUUCACCAAGAGGGAUGUCUUCCUGGAGCGCGGGGAGGUGAUGAACCUGCUGAUGUUCCUCUCCACCUGGGAUGGGAAGGUUCCCCAACCUGCCAUCCUCAAGCCUCGACCCCUCUGGACUGGCAAACAAAUCUUCUCCCUCAUCAUCCCUGGGCACAUCAACUGCAUCCGCACCCACAGCACCCACCCCGACGACGAGGACAGUGGCCCCUACAAGCACAUCUCCCCUGGGGACACCAAGGUGGUGGUGGAGAAUGGGGAGCUGAUCAUGGGCAUCCUCUGCAAGAAGUCCCUGGGCACCUCUGCGGGCUCCCUGGUGCACAUCUCCUACCUGGAGAUGGGGCACGACACCACCAGGCUCUUCUACAGCAACAUCCAGACUGUCAUCAACAACUGGCUGCUGAUCGAGGGUCACACCAUUGGCAUUGGGGACUCCAUCGCCGACGCCAAGACCUACCAGGACAUCCAGAACACCAUCAAGAAGGCCAAGCAGGAUGUGAUAGAGGUGAUAGAGAAGGCUCACAACAACGAGCUGGAGCCAACCCCUGGCAACACCUUGAGGCAGACCUUCGAGAACCAAGUGAACAGGAUCCUGAACGAUGCCCGCGACAAGACAGGCUCCUCCGCCCAGAAGUCCCUCUCUGAGUACAACAACUUCAAGUCCAUGGUGGUCUCAGGCGCCAAAGGCUCCAAGAUCAACAUCUCCCAGGUGAUCGCCGUGGUGGGGCAGCAGAACGUGGAGGGCAAACGCAUCCCCUUCGGCUUCAAGCACCGCACCCUGCCCCACUUCAUCAAGGACGACUACGGCCCCGAGAGCAGAGGCUUCGUGGAGAACUCCUACCUGGCAGGGCUCACCCCCACCGAGUUCUUCUUCCACGCCAUGGGGGGGCGAGAAGGACUCAUCGACACUGCCGUCAAGACAGCCGAGACCGGCUACAUCCAGCGGCGGCUGAUCAAGUCGAUGGAGUCGGUGAUGGUGAAGUACGACUCCACCGUGCGCAACUCCAUCAACCAGGUGGUGCAGCUGCGCUACGGCGAGGACGGCCUGGCCGGGGAGAGCGUCGAGUUCCAGAACCUGGCCACCCUCAAGCCCUCCAACAAGGCCUUCGAGAAGAAGUCAGCAGCCUCCUCGACCCCCUCUCCCCCUCACCUCACCCACCUCCUACCCUUGCCUGGCACCAGGGACCCCGGAGGGUGGCACCAGGGACCCUGGGGGUGGCUUAGAAACCAACCUGAGGGCUUCAAAGUUGCCUUUCGUAGCUUAGAACCCAACUUGAGUCACUUAAAGUUCUCCUUUGUGGCUUAG